AUUUUUCGUGAGCGAACAUUAAAGUUAUUUCCCUAUAAUAUUCGAGUAAAAAGAAGAACAAGCUAUUAUAAAAUACGUUCUAUCAAGAAAUAAAAAAGAAGUGCAUGAAAUGUACUUGGCCAGGGAAACUGAAGGAUUUUUUAGUGUCCUUAUUGAAAAACAUUUAUGGCGAGACGAAACCAAAUUUAGAGAAUUUUUUAGACUAAGCUGGGAUCAAUUUAAUUAUAUAUUGAACCUAGUUGAGGAUGACAUAAGAACCAACCCUAGCAUCAAAAUUAGAAAACCGAUUACUGCUGCUGAAAAGCUAGCAGUCACGCUCAGAUAUAUGGCAACGGGAGAAUCGCUCAGGUCAUUGUCUUUUUCAUUCAGGAUUUCUCAAAGUUAUAUUACACGUGUAAUACAAUUAGUCUUAAAGAGUUUAAGUACUCGACUAACACCAAUCUUAUUAAAGCCUCCAUUAAAAGAAGAUUUAGUACGUAUUGCUCAUGACUUUUGGAACAAAUGGAAUUUUCCAAAUUGUGUUGGUGCAAUAGACGGGAAACACAUUCGUAUAUUUUCUCCAAAGAAAAGUGGAAGCUUAUUUUUUAACUACAAGGAUUUUUUUUCCAUUGUUCUUCUUGCGAUUGUGGACGCUAAUUGUAAGUUUAUAUUUGUAGACAUUGGGUCCUAUGGCAAGGAAGGAGACAGUGGAAUUUUCAAUAAAUCUAGUAUCUCUCAAAUGAUUUCAACCGGUGAAUAUUUUCCUUCCCCUAAAAAACUACCGAAUUCAAAUAUAACUUUACCGUUGGUACAUAUUGGCGAUGAGGCAUUUCGCCUAGACUAACAUAUGAUGCGUCCUUAUUCUAGAAUUGAGGCAAAAAAAGAUAAUCAAAAGACCACAUUUAAUUACAGACUUUCCCGAGCAAGAAGAACUACGGAGAAUAGUUUCGGGCUUCUAAGCCAAAUUUUCAGAGUGUUCUAUACACCAAAACCUCUAAAGACGGAAACGGUUGAUAACUUAGUGUUGACUGCAUGUUGCCUUCAUAAUUUACUUCGUGAUCGUUACUUGGAGAAAACCAACUACUAUUACUAUAACUUCGAUGAUAAUAAACCUCAACCAACUGAAAAUAUGAUUUCACUGGCUAGAACAGGGGGAUAAGCUAACAUUGAAGGUUUUUCGGUAAGAGACAAAUUUAAAAAUUUUUUUAACAGUCCACAAGGAGCUGUUCCUUGGCAAAAUUAUCAAUCGAAUAGAUUAGAUUAGAUGAGAUAUAUAUAUAAAUAAUAUGAAAAUAAUAUCUAUUUAAAAUAAAUUGUGUUUUUUUCAUAAUGUAAUUUUAAGAUAAACAACUAAUAUUUAGUUUUAUAGUAGUUGUAUGUAAGUAAUUAUAACUAUAAAUAAUUAAAUAC